AUGGCAAAACGAAAAGCCAAGGACCUGGGGGAGGAAGAGCCGGCUGAGGAGCCGCGGCGGUCCAGUCGCCGAAAACCGACCGCGACAGAGAAAGUCCAGAAACAAAAGCCCGGCAAGAAGAUUCCGAGUGGAGUCGUCAGCCAAGAACAUGAAGUUGUCGAAUCAAAGCCUACAGAGUCAGAUGCACCAAAGGCAUCCACUCGCCAGUACUGGCUCAUGAAAGCCGAGCCUGAGAGUCGUCUGGAGAAGGGACACGACAUCAAAUUCUCAAUCGAUGAUCUUGCAGCGAAGACCGAGCCCGAGCCUUGGGAUGGAAUCCGAGCAUAUCCAGCACGUAACAAUCUACGCGCGAUGAAGAAAGGAGAUCUAAGUUUCUUCUACCAUUCGAGUUGCAAAGUUCCCGCUAUUGUUGGAAUCAUGGAAAUUGUUCAAGAGCACUCCCCUGAUCGUAAGGCCCCCUCCUCAUGUUCACCUGCUCUUCUCCCCCACGCGAUGAACGCCAACACCCCCCUAGUCUCCGCCCAUGACCCGGAUGCGCCGUACUACGACCCCUCCUCCUCCCCGGAUAACCCCAAGUGGUCCGUCGUGCACGUCGUCUUCCGCCAGAAACUCAAGACGCCCAUCACGCUGAAAGACCUCCGCGCCUUUCAAGCGGAGAAGGGCAAUCCGCUAGAGAACAUGCAGAUGUUGAAGCUUACGCGCUUGAGCGUUAGCAGGGUCAGCCAAGGCGAAUGGGAUUUCUUGACCUCGGUCAUGGAGAAGAAUGGCGACAAGGUCCUGCAGGAUUGA